AACUUAUUAAAUAGAUGAUGAAUGUUGGUAAACCUUCUGCAGUGGACCACAGUGGGAGGAGAGAGAUAGUGAUAUUUGGAGUGACAGGUGUCACUGGUCAAAUCGUGUUUGAGAAUGCCCUCUCCCGAUUCCAGGGCAGUGAGGUUGCAGUGGCUGGAAGGAGUAAAGCCAAAAUAGAGAAAGUGAUCGCUGAGUCAGUAAAAAUCAAUCCCUCGUACGAGGGAGAAGCGAAGGACGUGUUGUUGUUGGAGGCUGAUGUGGCCAACUACAAGUCCCUGGUGGCCAUGUGUAAGUCUGCCAGACUAGUGCUCAACUGUGUCGGACCGUUCCGCUUCUAUGGUGAAGAGGUUGUGAAGGCAGCUCUUGAGGCCAAAACUCACUAUAUGGAUGUCAGCGGAGAGCCUCACUUUCUGGAGUUGAUUGAGGCGAAGUGGUCUGACGAGGCUAGACGGGAGGGAGUGUGGGUGGUGGGUAGCUGUGCUUUCGACUCCAUCCCAGCCGAUGUAGGACUCAUGCAUUUCAAACACGAGUUUCCAGGUGAACUGACAGGAGUGGAGAGUUAUCUCAAGUUUGAGCCAGGACCCAGUGGAUAUAUUGCAAAUGAUGGCACGUGGCAAUCAGCCAUCCAUGGCUUCGCAAAUCAAGGCCAGCUGAAAGCACUUAGGAAGAGUCAGGGACUUGAACCAGUCAAAUAUUACGGUCCACGAUUGCCAAAUCGUGGAGCCUUCUUCAGAGAUCCCAAGUUAGGCUAUUGCAUUCCAUUCAUGGGCUCAGAUGCGUCAGUGGUGUUGAGGACCCAGAGACAUUUAGCACUCCGAGAAAGAAGUGAUCCCAUCAGAUUCAGACCCUAUGCAGUUAUUGGAGGCGUGUUCAACCUCAUUUUGAUGAUGUUAUUUGGUUCUAUCUUUUCGCUUUUUGCCAAAUACUCAAUCACCAGAAGGCUCCUUCAAAAGUAUCCGCGAUUCUUUUCUUGUGGUUGUUUUUCCAAAGGAGGCCCGACUCGAAAACAGAUGUCGGAGGCGUCUUUUGCAGUGUACUUUAAAGGACAGGGCUUCGUCAGUAGCUUCGAGAGAGAUCAGAAGAAACAACCCACUGUGCAUGCAACCUCAGUAUUCCGAGGACCAGAUGCUGCGUACAUUGGAACAUCCAUCAUAUUUCUAGAGGCAGCCCUAUGUUUGCUGAAAGAACCAGACAACAUGCCAAAUGAAGGUGGAGUGUAUACGCCUGGCAUUGCUUUCCGAGACACCACUCUGAUUGAACGACUCAGAGGCUGUGGAUUCCAGAUUGAACUCGUCUCGUCCUCGGAAGACGAAUCGUCUGAUGCCUAGAAAUGUAGUGAAGAAAAACUGACUCUUCUAACUUAAUCAUUUGUUGUAAUUGAAUCUAUUUCCGCUG